AUGCAAAAUAAUCAUAUUCCUACAAUUUUAAUUAUUGGUGCAGGACCUGGUGGAUUAUUACUUUAUCACGGAAUUCAGAAACGUUUGAAUAAAAAUGGGAAAAAAUUUAACGUAAAAAUAUUUGAGCGAGAUACAGGUCCACGUGAUCGAUGGCAAGGAUUUGGUGUAUUCAUUAACUCUCAUGGAAUGAGAUCAUUAAUUUCUUGCCUUCCGGAGUCUCUUGUAACUCGUCUUCCCGAAGUUAUUCCAAUUCCAAUCUCCGAAAUAGAAAGUCGUGGGUUAUUAAUUAGCGAUGAUAAAGGAACCGAAUUAUUAAGAGUGCGAUCACCAAAAGUUAAAUCUUUAUCUGAACUUGCAAAAGUGUCUAAUUCUAACGUUAAUGCUUUUAGAGAUAGAUUAAGGGAUUUGAUGUUAGAAGGAGUGAAUAUACAAUGGGGAAAGAAAUGUAUUGGAUACGAUGAAGUCAACGAUGAACUCGUGGAUCGGAUUAUUACAAUGAAUGGAAAUAGUCUAACUCAUCAAUCAAUCUCUCAAGAUGGUGACGCAUUAACUUUAGGUUUGUGCUUAAUACCAAUAGAAAAUGAUAUAACAGCAAACACACCAGAUCAUCAGAUUCAUUAUCCAGCAAUGAUUCACUACUCUUAUUAUACGCACUGGGACACGAUAAAUAAAAACGUUCAUGUAAAUGAUGAUGAUCCUCAAUCAGUUAUUGAUCAUGUUAAAAAUUUAAUCAAACAACAUAGAAGACCUUGUGAGUUGACCAAUAUUUAUUUGGAAUUGCUCUCGUUGAUACCAGUUUCAUCACCAAAAGAAUCCGAGAUUUCAUUUUUCAGAUCUUAUAAUCCACCAAGGAGAAGGCCGAUGCUAGAUAUUAAUCCGAGUUCUAUUGAACCUUGGGAAUCUUCAAGAGUAACUUUACUGGGUGAUUCCAUCCAUGCCAUGAAUCCUGUCAUGGGUUUAGGUAUAAAUGGUGCAUUACGAGAUGCUGAUUUACUUGUGAAAUGUCUUUCAAAUUAUGAAAAAGAUGGAGAUAAGCAAUGUAUACAAAAUUAUGAGAAUAUUAUGAGAAUAAGAGCAUCCAGAGAUGUAUUGACAUCACGGAGUCCUG